AAUUAUCACUAAAAUUUAAUUUCAAUUCGGUUUUUGGUGGAAGAAAAAACAAAAACAAUUUACAACAACAACAAAACGCUUAUGAUGGAUACGACAACAACAACAACAACAAAUGUCGAUCAUCGUGAUGGCAAUGCAUUAGGUGGCCUAUUUCAGAAUAUUAUCGUCGAUCUAAGGAAUGGCGCCAACAAUUGGGAUGAUCUAUUAUUAAAAGCUAACAAGUUUCAUCUACAGUUAAAAUUAACCAUUAGUUCGUCUACAGCAUUUUUGGAUGCCUUCCAGAAAAUUGCCGACAUGGCUACAACAACCCGAGGAGGAACCAAGGAAAUUGGAAGUGCAUUAACAAGAUUGUGUCUAAGAAAUCGUUCGGUCGAAGCUAAACUAAAAUCAUUGACUAGUUCAUUAUUCGAUAGUUUUAUUUCACCAUUACAGGAUCGUGUUGAUGAAUGGAAAAAAAUUAUUUCACAAAUCGAUAAGGAACAUAGUAAAGAAAUAAAAAGGCUUAAACAAUUCCGUAAAAAACAUUCAUCUGAAAUGCGUGUUACAUCGGCAUUUGCUAACAAUACGUUCAGGAUGAGGAAACAUUUACCACGAGGUAAAUUGAAGAACGAUUUCCCACGUAUUGGUUCCAUGUAUGAUGUGGACAAGAUUAUUGAAUCGGUUGAUUGUAAUAAUAAGGAAAAAUAUUUUAUGCUCGAAGAAGUUGAAAGAAACUAUGUACGACGUGCAUUGAUUGAAGAACGUUUACAUUAUUGUGUUUUUUUCAAUCUUUUACGGCCAGUCAUUGAAGAAGAGUUAUCAAUGUUACAAGAAAUAAUCCAUUUAGAAGAAAUUCUCACCACAUUGACUAGCCUAACUAAUGAUCCACAUAAAUUACCUACAUCAAGUGAAAAUUUUAUACAUAGUUUACAAUUUAACGAUUCAAUUGUUCCAAUAUUGGAAUCAACUUAUUCAGAUUAUGGUUCUCAUCAUAAUCAACAUCAUCAUUCAAGAAAAUCAAGUAUAUCUUCUAUGGAUAGUUUGAACACUUUAUCAACUGAUAGUGUUUCAUUUAGAAAUGUAAAAUCAUUAUCACAGCCAAAUAUUAUACCUGGUUUUAGACCAAAAAGCAUCGCCUCACAGGAUUCAGGUUUUUUAUCACACGAUUAUAAUAUUCCCAACAUAGGACGUUUGGUUAUCUAUAAUGGUGUCAAUAAAAUUGACAAAAAUUUGAAUUCUGUUGAUAAAGAUCGUAUCUGUUUGAUGAAUGGUAAAUCAAUUCUAUGUUCAUCAACAACAACAACAACAACAAUCGAAUCGAAUGAUAAUAAAGAAAUUGAAGAAAAAAUAGAAUAUGCAACAAGUGCACCAUUAUAUCAAUCAAAUAAUAUUUGUUCACAACCAAUAUAUGUUAAUGUUCAUAAUGAUAAUAAUAAUGGCUAUGAUAGAACAAGAUUUUCAUCAGAAGGUUCAUUGACGCCCACUAAUCAUAAUCAUGAUAUUCAUCCGAUUGAUAAUAGUAAUUAUAGCAAAUAUUUUACAAACAAUGUUAACAAUUCAAACAAUUUACAACAACAAACAAACGUUGAAUCCAAUCAACAAACAUACAAAAAACCAAUACCACCGAAACCACCUUUACGUCAUAGUUCUAAAUUAUCUACAAAAUAUAUGACGCCUGAUACAAAUAAAAGAUCGACAUUAAUUUUUGUAAAAAAUACAGAAAAUUCGGAUUUUCCACCACCACCACCGGAAGCAUUCAUCAGGCCGCCAGCAGCAGCAGCAGCUGAACAAUGUGAAAAAAUUAAUGAUAAUCUUUGUUGUCGUUAUUCAGUACCAAACAGACAUCUAGUUUUUUGUGAUAAUAAAGAAUGUCUAAAAGAUUAUAAUCAAACAAUUAGACAAACAUAUGUACCACCGGCAAUUUAUCAUAGUACAUCGAUGAUGAAUUCAAAUCAACAACAGCAAUCAUCAUCAGCAAUUGGCCAGGAUUCUUCAUUAACAAUUCAAGGAUAUCAUAAAGAUAAUGAUACUCAAUAUGACAAUAAUAAUCAUCAUCAUCAUCAUUAUCAAAGUUCAAUUAAUCUAUCCAAAAAUCAUUGAUAAA